UGACCAGAGGCAGGGAGAGGCGAGGGUGCCCAUCUGCCUGUCAAGUGGGGGCACCUUGUUACCCGCAGGCAGCCUGACCAAGGCCAUGGCGAUCCGACAGGUGGGCAGCAGGGGGCGAGUGGCUGCCGAGCUGUUGGAACAGAGAAGGGGCAGCCACCGUGAGGACAAGAGGCAGAUGCUGUUGGCGAUGCUCAUCUUGGUGCUGUAUGUGGGCACAGGGAUAUCAGGAAGAAGUUGGGAGGUAUCAGAAAGGAUCAGAGAAUGUAACUACCCCCAGAAUCCUGUGGCUUCUCAGGGGUUUGAAUACCAGACCAAUGAACUCUCAGAAGAGCCGGCAAAGGUCAUCAGGACCUGGUUGAAGGAGAACCUGCUUGUUUUCCUGGAGAAGCUAGAGAAAGAGGUGCGAGAGCUGGAGCAGCUGGUACAGGACCUGGAGGAGUGGCUAGAUGCCUUUCUGGGAGAGGGGCACCCCGAGGCACUCUGCUCCACCUUCAAAAGUCACUUGUGAGGGGCCAGGGCUGGGAACUAGGGAGGAGGCCAAGUGAAGGCAGGACAGAGUUGCCAGGAGCUCCUCUAAUGAGGGCUGAGCUGUGACACUUGAAGUUCAAGCGAGGCAAGAAAAUAAAAUAAUUGGGAUGCUAAGAACACUGUUGGUGCCACUGC